UGUUAGCAAAUUUGUGCGCGGUCACACUAAGCAGAAAAACUUUAAAAACUCUAUGCACAUGUGCUCUGUUAAAAAUGUGCUCGAACUAUUGUUGAAAAAAUUCCGAUUUUAUUGAAAAUGUCAAGCCGGAAGGCGUUGUGUUCCAAUUCCGAAUAAAUCGAAGCGUAAAUUCUUGCCUAGAGCCCUAAAAAAAGUGUCGGAGUGUGUGUGUGAUAGUGUGCGUGUGUCGGUCGUCCGCAGUCGGCGAGAAGCAAGGCAAAGAGAGAACCGAAAAGUGGUAGCGAUUGUGGCAGCGCGGCAACGAACGUCGGUGAAGGACGUGUCGCGGUCGGAGACGAGACAGGGGGCUGGACUACUACUAUUAUCGUGGGCGGAGGAUCUGCAAGGAUCUCAAAUGUGCCGACGCAGCUAACCGAAGCCGCCGUCAGCAGCAGCAACAGCAGUCAUAGAAAAGGCGGAUGCGGUUCAUUUCCCUCCUCCCCACCGUCGCCCCCAUUAUUCUCAGCCUUAUUCUUGGUUAUCACCCGUAACCGCUGCGACUUUGAGUUGUCCCAGGAAGCGAUAGCAGAUAUUCUUCAAAAUUCCUCCACAAACACCCACGAGCAGCAGGAGCAUCGCCAUGCCCGUUUCAAUGGCUGUAUGCGAAACGGCAAAUGUCGUCAGCGCUGCGCUCCGCGAAUCGCUUGGCGUCGGGAACGGCAGCAGGGCUGCUGACGAGGCCAAAAAAACCGGCGGGGGCGGUGGCGGCGGCGACGACUCUGAUUCUGAAAUCCAUAAUCAAAUUGCUGUCGGUGCGUAUGCAAAGCGGAUUCUGAUGUCCAAAAUCGAGUACGAGGAGGUACCCAGCUACAAGGAAUCUGUGCUGGAUCAUCUGAAGAGCAAGUACAUCGUCAUCAAGCAACCCAGCAACAGCAACAACAGCAGCAGUUGCAACGGGAGCAACUUUGGCAGCAGCAAAGUUGUGGGAGCAAAUGGACACGACAAUAACGGCAAUAAUGGCCAUCGCAAGCAGUCGCAGUCCCAGUCAGAGUCCAAUCAAUCGGGUCCCAAUCCCAACGAGCUGCCCAAACCGAAGCGCGUGUUGUAUCCCCGGGAGAACAUCAGAAUCGGGUGGAAGCAAUCGGAGCGCAAGUGGCAGGUCGGCACGGGCAUGAUAAAUGUGGGCAACACCUGCUACCUCAACUCAACGCUGCAGGCCCUCUUCCACAUACCCGCAUUGGCCAAUUGGCUCGUCUCGGAGCAGGCCCAUCUGGAGAACUGCAGCAUUACCGAAUCCAAUGGCGGUUGCAUCAUCUGCGCCAUGGCCAAGACGCUGCAGACGACACAGUCCAGCCAGUCGGCCAUGCGGCCGUUCCACAUCUACUCGAAGCUCAAGCAGAUCUGCAAGCACAUGGUGGUGGGGCGGCAAGAGGAUGCACACGAGUUCCUGCGCUUCCUGGUGGAGGCCAUGGAGAAGGCGUACUUGAUGCGUUUCCGCAACUUCAAGGAGCUCGAUCAGCUGGUGAAGGAGACGACGCCACUGUAUCAGAUAUUCGGUGGCUACCUGCGCAGCGAGGUGCGAUGCCUCAGCUGCAGCCACGUCUCGAUCACCUUCCAGCACUUCCAGGACCUGCUGCUCGACAUACGCAAGUCGGACACGCUCGAGGAGGCGUUCGACGGCUACUUCUCCAGGGAGCGACUCGAGGACAUGGGAUACAAGUGUGAGGGCUGCAAAAAGAAGGUCUCGGCCACAAAACAGUUCAGCUUGGAGCGGGCUCCCAUCACGCUGUGCAUCCAGCUGAAACGCUUCUCGAUGAUCGGCAACAAGCUGACCAAGACGAUCAGCUUCAAGCCACGCAUUGACCUGAGUAGGUUUGCAGCCCGCUCGCCGACGGCUGCCGCCCAGCAGCUCACCUACCGCCUCGUUUCCAUGGUCACCCACCUGGGAGUUUCGCAGCAUUGCGGCCACUACACGGCCAUCGGUCUGACCGAGCCGGGCAGCUACUACAACUUCGAUGACAGCUACGUGCGGCCCAUUGCCAUGCAGAGUGUGUGCAACACUAACGCGUACAUCAUGUUCUACGAGCUGGAUCUCGCCCAGACCACACCGCUCAAGAGCAAUGGCCUGCGUCUGACCAAUGGGCACGGUCCAGUGGCCGUCCCAGCUACAGUCUCCUCCACCAUACCCACGCACACACGUUUCAUUGGGCCCCAGCUGCCGCCCGGCGGCAUCAAUGGGUAUAGCAAUGGUCAUGCCAGUAGUCCCCAUGCCCAGAAGACUGCCAUUCAGUUCAAGCAGCAGCAUCAGCAGCAGCCGCUGCACCAACAACAGCAGAACGGUCUCCAAGUGGGGACUGGAAAGUUUCAGGAGUCUGCGCACGCGAAGUCUCCACUGGCUGGCGCAUACAUUAAAGGCGAAGCUUCUCCAGCUACAACUGCAAAUGGUAACAAAAGUUCCUCCUCCUCCGCCAGCAAUAGCAACCACAACAAAUCGGUGGUGAACCAACAGCACCAGCACCAGCAAAACUAUCUGCCAAUAUCCUCCGAGGAUGAGGACAGCGAGGACGAAGCGACGGCAAAGGCCAGGCCGACGGCACAGCUGCCCAGCAUGCCGAAAAUGAUGGAGGACAGCAUCAGCAGCGACAAGCCAAAGACUCCGCUAAAGAGCCCAAUCAAGACGAUUCUUGUUAAGAGUCCAGUCAAGACGCCACUCAAGAGCCUCGUGCCGUACGAGUCCGCCUCCGAGGAGGAUGAGCCACUGCCGAAUCCACGAAAACGUCGCAGCGAUUCAGAUUCAAGCGACUCGGACAUCGAGCCGGGUCAGAGCAAUGGUCACGCGAAGACAAACGGAGGCAGCCUUACGAAUGGAAAUGGCUUGGGCAAUGCCAAGUCUGUUCUGCCCACAUCCUCAAGCUCCUCGUCAUUGGCGUCCCCGUCCGCGUCAGCGUCCGUCGCUUCGUUGGUAAACGUUAACAACAGCAGCAAACAAAAGACUGAUGCCAUAGACGAGAUAUUCAAGAGCCUCAACAACUAUCAAAGCAAACACAAGCCACCACAGCCAGCAGCCGACGACGACAGCGAUGAUGAUGAAGAAGAGGAGGAGGAGGUGAACAACAAGCUCACCAACGGCUGGCAGUCACAGAAACAGUCACAAUCGCUGUCACAAAGCAAAGCCCCGUCCUCACCCAAGACGCCACCCUCGCCGGCCGUCAUUAAAUCAAAGACGGGCAUCUGGAAGGUCACCCGCAACGAUGACAACGAAGAUGAGGACGAUGACGAUGAUGAUGAUGACGAUGACGAGGAGGUGCAGGUGGUGCCAACGCCAGCCAAAAACCAUCGCAAUCCGUUUGCCAAAUCCCCCGCAGAGUCGCCCGCAACACCGGGUGCCAAACGGCAGAAGCUGCUCAAUGGCACCGCCGUCAAGACGCAUCAGACACGCGUGGGCAAUGGCUACCAGAGCGAGGCCUCAACCAAUGGGAAUGUCGUCAACGAGCUGAUGAAGCAGUCGCAUCGCGGCUACGGCUCUACCUCGGUGCUCAGUUGGAGCGGAAAGCCAGCGGAACUGGACAAGGAGACUUUUGAGUUGGUUUGUGCGAAACGGAUAGCUGGUCACGGCAAUGUGGAUGUGGAUGUGGAUGGUAGCGGCGGCAACGAAGGCGUCGUCGCAUCAGCAGUCAGCAUCAACAUCGACAGUAGCAUAGCAGUGGCAGUGGCAGUAGCACUGGUGGCGGAGGCACGUGAACAGCGGCAGCGCGACCACGACGAUGAGGAGGAGAACGAAAUGGAUCGUGGACGGCAGCGCAAGGUGAAGUCCGCAACGGCAAAGGCCAGCAACAGCAGCACGCCCGGCUACAAUCCAUUCCAGGAGCUCGAGAGCCAAAAGCGCUGGCACAAGUCCAGCAACGGCAGCGGCGGCGGUGGCAGCAGCUUCCCGCGUUACCACAAUCAGAACUUUCGGCAUAAUUUCCAGCAGCGCAACAAGUUCAAAUUCAAUCGGCACGGUGGACCGGGCGGCAGCAAGUUCCAGCAGCAGCGGGGCCUGCAGCGUCAUCUGGCCGCCGGUGGCGGCUAUAAUCGUCGCCAGUCGUCGCAGCAGCAGCAGCCACAGCAGUCCUCCUCCUAACUGCCACUUGUGGUGGAUGAGGUUGCAGGUGCGGCUGCGGAUGCGGCUGGUGCCUGUGCAUUUGUUAUUGGAUUUCGAUUGCGAGUUCGGCUGAGUUUUUUAAACGUUUUUUAACUGCUGAUUGAACAUGUUUUAGGAGUAGGACUUGUAAGCUAUAAGCUAGAGCAUAACUGUUGCGCCACACCGCCCCUACCCAUAUAGAACGCGCCCCCCAAACCCGCUACCCCCUAAGCCAACCUAUGAUUAUGUUAUAAGUGAAAAAAAAUGCAAGAGAUCCCUGUAUGGCAUUUUAUACAUAUAUAUAUAUAUUUAUUGUGUUCUGAAAUAUUACGUUCGGCAUGCUCGUUACAGCAGCGUCAUAAGAAAAUUAUCGCAAAACAUUUUUUAAAAAAAUGGCUAGGCCAGCCCCAAAUCUAAGCAAAACAACAGCAACAACAAACAAACUUAAAUACGAUAUAAAUGAGCUGGAAAUGAUGGAAAAUAAAGCAACCCAAUAUAAUUUUAAGAGACUAAAAACCAACCCAAAAUGUACAUAUAAUAACAAGCAAUGAGCGUUUAGAUUAAAACCACAGUGAAACUUGAGUGUAAUUUUAA